GAUCUGUUUUUAUGCUAAAAGUUCAAGUAAACGACAUCGUCAGUCAUCAGUACCUGCAACAAGCGGUUGUGGAAGUGUUUAUUAACUACACAAAGACAAAUUCUACUCUUACUGGAAACAAUGGAGCAGUAUUAAUAAAAGUUCCCUACAAACUAGGAUUAAGUUUAACUAUUGUAUCAUACAAGGAUGGCUACAUGUUAACACCUUUGCCUUGGAAGAUUGGGAGGAUGCCAAUAUACUCAUCUGUGACGCUUUCAUUAUUCCCACAAAGUCAAGCUAAUAUGUGGCUGUUUGAAGAUACUGUCUUAAUUACUGGAAAACUGUCUGAUGCCAAAUCUCAACCAAGUGUUCAGUUUCCAAAACUUUUAUUAAAGCUUCCAACAAAUCACCAUAUUACAAAUGUUACAGCCUAUCUGACAGUGCCAGAGCAGUUUUUGAAAGUGGACAGCUUUCUCUAUACAACAGGAAUUCUUCUAAAUAAAUCAGGUUUCAAAAGCAUGGAAUUAACUCCUCUUGCUGCAAUAUGCAUAAAUGUUCUUUUGACUGGGAAGGAACUGAAAGUAAAUGGUCCCAUUCAGAUUACACUUCCCCUUUCCAAAAGUACUGUAAAAUCGGGAGAUGCUGUUCCUGCGUGGACAUUUGAUAUGAAAACUGGUAA